AUGGGUGAUCUCUACGCCUUGGAUUUUGACGGAGUUCUCUGCGACAGCUGUGGAGAGAGCUCUCUUUCCGCCGUUAAGGCUGCGAAAGUAAGAUGGCCUAAUCUGUUCAAAGGCGUAGGUUCGUCGACAGAAGAAUGGAUUGUUGAUCAAAUGCACGUAGUUAGGCCAGUUGUGGAAACUGGAUAUGAAAAUGUUUUACUGGUGAGGCUGCUGUUGGAGAUGACAAACCCUUCUGUUCGAACUUCAUCGGUUGCGGAUGGACUCACCGUGGAAGGAAUUCUUGAGAAUUGGUCGAAGUUAAAGCCUGUUAUCAUGGAAGAAUGGGAUGAGAAGAGGGAUCCUCUGAUUGAACUCUUUGGUAAGAUCAGAGAUGAAUGGAUCGACAACGAUUUGGCAACAUGGAUCGGGGCCAACAGAUUUUAUCCUGGUGUUCCAGAUGCUCUGAAGUUUGCUAGCUCCAAGCUCUACAUUGUCACCACAAAACAGAGUCGCUUUGCUGAUGCAUUGCUUCGAGAGCUAGCUGGUGUAACUAUUCCAGGGGAAAGAAUUUAUGGACUUGGGACAGGGCCAAAAGUUGAAGUGUUGAAGAAGCUUCAGAAAAUGCCAGAGCACCAGGGUCUGACACUGCACUUUGUAGAAGACCGGCUUGCUACCCUGAAGAAUGUCAUUAAAGAACCAGAAUUGAACAGCUGGAACUUGUAUCUAGGAGAUUGGGGAUACAACACUCAAAAGGAAAGGGAGGAAGCUGCAAGCAUAUCCAGAAUUCACCUUCUUCAACUCUCUGACUUUAGUGAGAAGUUAAAGUGA